AUUUAAAAUUUUCUGAUCUGUGUGUAUUGGUGUUACCUAGCUUUGUUGAAGUCGAUAUAAGUUAUCAAUGUGUAAUAAUUUGUGUUUUUAAGUGGUUACUGUUUGUUAUAUUUUUGGACAUGUUUAGUUAAAAAAUGAAAACCUCAAUAGAUAAAGCUACGGAAGGUGAAGACUAUGAUCGUGUAUCGUUUUUAAUUGGACUAGGCCUAGCAAUAUCAUCCAGUGUAUUUAUUGGGUCAAGUUUUAUAAUAAAAAAAUUGGCUCUUAAGAAAAUUAACUCCUUAGGUAACACUAGACCAUCAGCAGGUGGUUAUUCAUAUUUAAAACAAUGGAUGUGGUGGCUAGGUUUCCUAACAAUGGGCAUAGGCGAGGCAGCAAAUCUAGUAGCCUAUGCAUUCGCCCCAGCCGCUUUGGUGACUCCAUUGGGUGCUCUGAGUGUGCUUGUCGCUGCUGUACUCUCAGCUAAAUUCCUUAAGGAAAACCUUAAUACAUAUGGAAAGAUUGGCUGCCUUUUGUGUAUAAUGGGAUCAAUUAUAUUUGUUGUACAUUCACCUAAACAUGAAGAAAUCAAACUAUUUUCAGAACUCACAUCAAAAUUAAGUGAUUAUAUUUUCCUAACUUAUGUUUUUACAGUUUUAAUCAUGACGUUAAUUGUAAAGAUAGUGUUUGUACCAAGAUUUGGCAAUACCAGUAUAAUUGUAUAUUUAUUGAUAUGUUCUGCCAUUGGCAGUUUGACAGUAGUAUUCUGUAAAGGAGUAGCUUUAGGCAUUAAAGAAAGUAUUAAUAGUGACAAAAACAAUAUUUUUAGUUAUGUAUUUUGGUUGCUGCUUACCAUGUCUAUUAUUUGUAUUGCCAUACAAAUGAACUACUUAAAUAAGUCACUUGACAUAUUCAAUACAAAUAUUGUAACACCAGUUUACUAUGUUAUGUUUACAGUGUUAGUAAUAAUAGCAUCUGGUAUUUUGUUCAGGGAAUGGGAGCAUAUGAAAACAUAUGACAUUUUAGGCUGUUUAUGUGGUUUCUUAAUUUUAAUGGUGGCAGUAUUUACACUAAAUACUUUUAAAGAUCUAAGUUUUCCUUACAGAGACUUAAACCUUAAUUCUAGACACAGAAGUUCAGUAGAUACAUGACAAAGGAUAUCCCUAUGAUUUUAAAUAUAACAAUCUAAUCUUUGAUUAAAUUAAGGUUACAGUGAUUAUAUCCAAAGUAUAAUGUAUAAGAUUAUAAAAAAAUACAACUGACAAUCUGGCACUAUUUUGCAUAAUACAUUAUUAUAAUUUACAAUAAUUAUAGCUUUGUCAUUUUCUAGAUCCAAGUUCCUCCAAUUUAGAGUUGCACAUUAUUAAACUGUACAGAUACAUAGUUUGUUUGAGGACCCUAUGGUAAUAUCAACUAGAGUUUCUAAUUGAAUGAUUGGGCGAUUUUUAAUUCUCUGUGUGUGCUGUUUUCAUCUUAUGCUACAUUAUCAUCAGCUGAGAUUGCCCUAGAAAUGCUUACUUGAAAAACUACAACCUCUACUUAAAAAUUAAUGUUCUGUGCCAUUAAAUAUCUGUUGUAUAGUACAUAUAUAUUG